GGAGUGAGGGGGAGGGAAGGAGCUGGGGAAGAAGAGGGAGCAAGAGGGGCGCAUGCCAAUGGAAGGCCAAACGGUGUCGUCCACGGGGAGUGACCACGAGCACCCCACCUCCGCCGGCGGCGACGGCGGAGCCGGCACCGGCGCCGUCGGCACGCACGACGGCUCGGCGGCGGCGGCGGCGGCGGCGGCGGCGCUACCCAGCAUCAGCGGCGCUCGCGGUCACGCGGGGCCGGAGGGAGGACACGACAAUGACAUGGGCGGCAUGGACGCGAGUGGCGGCGGCGGCGGCGGCGGCUACGGGCGACUGCCGGGGCUGGCGGCGCAGAGCAGCAUGGCGAGUGUGGACGGCGACGAGGCGUCGUUGCCGCCCAUUGCGAAUCUGAGCUUGGGCAAGGCCAACAUGACGGGCUCCACGGUGGGCGGCGCGGCGCAUGCGUCCACGCGGAGGAGCACGCUCAACACAUACUACGAGCCGGGCGCGGGAGGCGGCGGCGGCACGGGGGGAGCAGGCGGCGGAGGCGGAGGCGCGGGCCCCGGGCCGGCGGGGUACGGCAAGGUGGCGAAGGCGGCGGCGGUUGGCGGCGCCGGCAGCGUGGCGGGCGGCGGCGGCGUGGUGGGCGGCGCGGGCGUUGGCGGCGGCGGCGCGGUGGGCUCGGGCACGGUGGGGCGGCGGCAGAGCGUGGGCGUGGUGGUGGGCAAGUACGGCUCCGUAAACAAGCAGGCGUCGCAAGGGCAUGGCGGCGGGGGGCCGGGCGUCGCGGGCGCGGCGGGCAUGGCCGUCACGGGCGGCCACGCCGGCGGCGGCGUGGGCGGCGGCGGCGGCGGCGCGGUGGGCGUGGGCGGCGUGGGCGUGAACAAGUACAAGGCCAACGUGGGCAAGACCAACAGCAAGUACAUCAGCCCCUACUCGUUGAGGCAGCUGGCAGGGCAGAACGCGGGGCAGGGGUGAGGCUGUGAGGGCAGCGAGCGUUGGGUCGUCAUGGGAGUUGUUGAGCGGGCUAGGCGGAGGCCGGCGGGGAGGCGGUGGGCUGGGAGGAGGCGGGCUGGGGGUUGCAAGGAUGUUUGGAAAAGCGGUCCAGGAUGCACUGGGGGGGUAGCAAUGGAUAGCACUGCGUGACGCUGGGGAACGUCUUGGCGCAGCUAAAGAUUGUUGGGUGUGUAUAUACUUACGGCAUACGGUCGCGGGCCGGGCUGGGCGUGUGGUGGCGGUGCCGCAAGCGGACGGCUUGAUGCGCGUGUGCGGCUGGCGGCAGGGGUUCGGGGUGUCCAACUCGGCGGUUGCGAUCGGUAACCGCCUGGAUUCGGCAUGUCCCGGACCCUGGAAGUGGGCCCCGCUCAAGCCCGCCGGCACAGACUUAUAGGGAAUACUUGUAAUAGUAUUCCUGGCGCGUCGGGCGACUAUUCUAUACUUCUUCGCCAACUCUUGUAGCAUUCAUUGAAUCUUUCACUGCUGACCCGUGAUGGCACGCCCGGCGCGCCAGGUGCUCUUCUAGUAGUGCUUAUUGUUAGAUGGAGCCUAGAGAUCGGGGCUGGCGCUGCUGGGUGCUCUGGGCGCUCAUCAUCACGGUGAGCUGGCCGUGGUGGCGCCCUGUGGGCGAGAAGUUCCCGGAAGUUCCCGGAAGUUCGGCAGGGGGGGCGAGAAUCGCCACUUGCGAGGCCCUCUGCUUGACCUCAAGUCGCGGCUAGCCCGCUCCAGGCACCAGGUUGCAUAUCGAGGUACAGUUGUAAGGCAGAGAAACCAUUCCGGAGUGCUCAUGAGCGAAGUCGAGCAAAUUCUAAAUGUCCAACUAGGCAUGUGGUCGAGUAUCUCUUUGAAGUCGCCCGACGCGCCAGGAAUACUAUUACAAGUAUUCCCUAUAAGUCUG